GCACGUUUCAGCCCUUUUGGGGGUGGUCGCCCUGCCGGAUGUAGGGUCCUCACUCACCUGGCGGGAGGGGCGGCUCAGUGGGGGUGCCUCCUGGGGCCGCCCCCGGGACGUGAGUCCUGGAGGAGGCGAGGGUUGCCGCCGAUGGUGAGAAGACUAUGAAUAAGUCUGAAAACUUGUUCUUGACUGGUUCUUCAUUAGCAUCACAAGUUCAUGCUGCUGCUAUCAAUGGCGAUAAGGGAAUUCUUCAUAAACUCAUUAUAGGAAAUUCUGCCCUUAAAGACAAAGAAGAUCAAUUUGGGAGAACACCACUUAUGUAUUGUGUGUUGGCUGACAGACUAGAUUGUGCAGACACACUUUUAAAGGCUGGAGCAAAUGUUAAUAAAACUGACCAUAGCCAGAGAACAGCCCUCCACCUAGCAGCUCAAAAGGGAAACUAUCGCUUCAUGAAACUCUUACUUACACGUAGAGCAAACUGGAUGCAGAAGGAUCUAGAGGAGAUGACACCUUUGCACCUGACCACCCGGCACAAGAGCCCCAAGUGUUUAGCACUUCUGCUGAAGUUCAUGGCCCCUGGAGAAGUGGACACACAGGAUAAAAACAAGCAAACUGCUCUACAUUGGAGUGCCUACUACAAUAACCCUGAGCACGUGAAGCUGUUGAUCAAGCAUGAUUCCAACAUCGGGAUCCCGGACGUGGAAGGCAAGAUCCCUCUUCACUGGGCGGCCAACCAUAAAGAUCCGAGUGCUGUUCAUACCGUGCGGUGCAUCCUGGAUGCAGCUCCAACAGAGUCCUUACUGAACUGGCAAGACUACGAGGGCCGGACACCUCUUCACUUUGCAGUGGCUGAUGGGAAUGUGACUGUGGUUGAUGUCUUGACCUCAUAUGAAAGCUGCAAUAUAACAUCUUAUGAUAACUUGUUUCGAACUCCCCUUCACUGGGCAGCUUUAUUGGGCCAUGCACAGAUUGUCCAUCUCCUUUUGGAAAGAAACAAGUCUGGAACCAUCCCAUCCGACAGUCAAGGAGCAACACCUUUGCAUUAUGCAGCUCAGAGUAACUUUGCUGAGACAGUUAAAGUGUUUUUAAACCAUCAUUCCGUGAAAGAUGAUUCAGAUCUUGAAGGAAGAACAUCCUUUAUGUGGGCUGCUGGGAAAGGCAGUGAUGAUGUCCUUAAGACGAUGCUGAGUUUAAAAUCUGACAUUGACAUUAAUAUGGCAGACAAAUAUGGAGGUACAGCUUUGCAUGCUGCUGCCCUUUCUGGCCAUGUCAACACUGUGAAGUUAUUACUGGAAAACAAUGCUCAGGUCGAUGCUACAGAUGUCAUGAAACAUACCCCACUGUUCCGAGCCUGUGAGAUGGGACACAAAGAUGUGAUUCAAACACUUAUUAAAGGUGGAGCAAGGGUAGAUCUAGUUGACCAAGACGGACAUUCUCUUCUCCAUUGGGCAGCACUGGGAGGAAAUGCUGAUGUUUGCCAGAUUCUGAUAGAAAAUAAGAUCAACCCAAAUGUGCAAGAUUAUGCAGGACGGACCCCUUUGCAGUGUGCUGCUUAUGGAGGAUAUAUCAACUGCAUGGCAGUGCUCAUGGAAAAUAAUGCUGACCCGAAUAUUCAGGACAAAGAGGGAAGAACAGCUUUGCAUUGGUCCUGUAACAAUGGAUAUCUUGAUGCUAUUAAAUUACUACUAGAUUUUGCUGCCUUUCCUAAUCAGAUGGAAAACAAUGAAGAGAGGUACACUCCCCUGGAUUAUGCCUUGCUUGGUGAGCGCCAUGAAGUGAUCCAGUUCAUGUUGGAGCACGGGGCCCUGUCCAUCGCAGCUAUCCAGGACAUCGCUGCCUUCAAGAUCCAAGCUGUCUACAAAGGCUACAAGGUCCGCAAAGCUUUCCGAGACCGAAAGAACCUCCUCAUGAAGCAUGAACAGCUACGCAAAGAUGCCGCUGCCAAGAAGCGAGAGGAAGAAAACAAGCGAAGAGAAGCUGAACUGCAGAGAGAGAGGCUGAGUCCAGAUGCCUGCAAACCCCCAGCCUCACCCUGUCGGCCCAAGACCCAGGCUGAAACCGAGAAGCCAAGCAAGACCCCCGGCAAAUACCCUCCGACCAGCAUUGCAGCCCAGAGUCCUGAACCAGGAGUCUGCAGGUCUCCAAGCAGACAACCCCAGAAGGAACAGCAUCUUUACCCAGAUGUUCCAGGCACAGAUUCCAGGAAACCCAGAGAAGUAUCCAGAGAGCAUUCUAAAGGCCGGCCUGCCUGUGUGCAGUUCAUCCCCGCCGAGGGCAGUGCUGGAGGCCGGUGCCGCGGGGAGACGCUGGGCGAACAGCGGUGUGAGCCGGGAAGGGCAGCGUCCAGUGUCCGGGUGGCUGAUGCGACCAGACAGCGCCCCGCGUGCAAGGCUGCCAGCCCCCCGCUGCAGGACGGUGCGCAAAAGCCCGGCCAGCGGCCAGCCGCAGCCCCCAGAGCCAGAAGUGCCGCCCCGAAAAGGCGCGCUCAGGAGCUCAAAGGAGGACGGCGUUCCCCGGCCGGGUCCAGCAGGCCGGGCAGUGCCAAAGGGGAAGGGGGUCCUGCCGGACCGAACCCUCCGCACCCUCAGGCCCCCAGAAACAAAGCCACGUCGCAAGACAAGGCUGCUGGACGGCUGGACUCGGACUCACCCCAGAACUCAGAGGUGAUGCCUGGAGCGGGCAGGAAGCGGGCACCGCGCCCUCUGUCCGAGGCUGUCCCCAGGCCCCAGGAGACCCAUCGGGCCCCGGACCCCGGACUGGCGGUGAACAUGGACCUUCUCCCGGUGGAGCUGAGGCUGCAGAUCAUCCAGAGGGAGCGCUGCAGGAAGGAGCUGUUUCGGCGCAAGAACCGGGCUGCUGCUGUCAUCCAGCGCGCCUGGCGAAGCUACCAGAUAAGAAAACACCUGUCCCACCUUCUGCAUCAGAACGAGCUUGAAGCCAGAGAUGUGGAUGGACGGAACCAAGAGUGCUUGGCACUGCUUCUCCAGAUUUGGAGAAAGGAGUUGGAAAUAAAACUCCCUAAGACCAUAGCAGUUAGCAAGACCAUGAAGAAUCCAUCUAAGAGUGGCUUGGGCACAAAGCCUACCAGGCACUCAGUACUCAAACAAAUCUAUGGUUGUUCUAAAGAAGGAAAAGUGCACCCCCCAAGAGCAUCUUUAAAAGCCCAUCCUGUGCUGCAACUCAACUCAGUGAGCAACUUACAGUGUAUACAUCUACUUGAGAACAAUGGAAAAUCAAAGAAUUUUUCUUAUAACCUACAAUCAGCUACUCCAUCUAAAAAACAAAGCAAAUCUACUACUGUCCGUGGAGGAAGACUACGUCCAGGAGCAUUGGAAUAGCUAGUGCACUUGUCUGAUUAUCCAUUUGGAAAU